GUUAGAGAACAGUGACGUUUCUUUGUAUUACGGCCCAGUACUGAUCUGCAACCAGGAAAAAAAGCUUCUACUAGGGUUUCUCUCUAGCUCUCGAGUCUUCCAUCCAGGCUUGUUCCAAAACCUCUUCACCUUUCUUCCGCCGGAAAAAUCAAUCCUCGGUGUUCACUACUCAGAUCAGAAAACAAUCAAACCAUGGCUUUCGAAGUCGGCGCUGUCCCGUUCAAUCCCGACGGCUGGGGUCCACCGGACGCCACCACGACCAUCACCAACACCUCGUCCCUACCGCUCAACGUCCCCUUCGCUCCCUUCUCCCGCGCCGAGAAGCUAGGGCGAAUCGCCGACUGGACCCGCAACAAUCCGAACGCCGGUAGGCCCAACGCCGGGAAGAACGCGUCCGAUUCGGUAUUCGAUUUCACAGCCGACGAUUCCUUCCCCGCCGCAGGCGGAGCUGGGGACGAGGACUUCCGCCUCGUCGACGGGAAGCUUCCCACCCGCCCGAAAUUCGGCCCCAAGUGGCGGUUCAACCAGCACCGGCCGCAGCUCCCUCAGCGGCGCGACGAGGAGGUCGAGGCGAAGAAGCGGGAGGCGGAGAAGGAGAGGGCGCGGCGGGACAGGCUGUACAACCUCAACCGGUCGAACCAGAACCAGCAGCGUCGUGAAGCGGCGGCGUUCAAAUCGUCGGUGGAUAUUCAGCCCGAGUGGAACAUGUUGGAUCAGAUCCCCUUCUCGACGUUCUCCAAGCUCUCGUUCGCCGCUCCAGAGCCGGAAGAUCUGCUCCUCUGCGGCGGAUUGGAGUUCUAUGAUCGGACCUACGAUAGGGUCACGCCCAAGAGCGAGCGCCGGCUGGAGAGGUUCAAGAAUCGCAACUUCUUCAAGGUUACCACCACCGAUGAUCCGGUGAUUCGCAGGCUGGCAAAUGAGGACAAGGCUACCGUAUUUGCGACUGAUAGUAUUCUGGCCACUCUGAUGUGUGCUCCAAGGUCAGUUUAUUCAUGGGAUAUUGUGGUUCAGCGAGUUGGGAACAAGCUGUUCUUUGACAAGCGUGAUGGUUCCCAGCUCGAUUUGCUUUCGGUCCAUGAGACGUCGCAGGAGCCUUUGCCCGAGGCAAAGGAUGAUAUCAACUCUGCUUAUUCAUUAAGUGUUGAAGCUGCUUACAUUAACCAGAAUUUCUCCCAGCAAGUGUUGAUUAGGGAUGGGAAGAAGGUUACUUUCGAUGAACCAAACCCUUUUGCUAGUGAGGGAGAGGAAGUUGCCUCUGUUGGGUAUAGGUAUAGGAGGUGGAAGCUUGACAACGAAAUGUACCUCGUUGCUCGAUGCGAGGUGCAGAGCGUUGCUGAAGUUAACAACCAGAGGUCGUUCAUGACUCUGAAUGCGCUUAACGAGUUCGACCCCAAGUAUUCUGGUCUUGACUGGAGGCAGAAGUUGGAGACUCAACGAGGUGCGGUUUUGGCUACCGAGCUAAAGAACAAUGCUAACAAGUUGGCCAAGUGGACUGCGCAGGCGUUGUUGGGCAGCGCAGAUAUGAUGAAAUUGGGAUAUGUUUCUAGAGUUCAUCCGAGGGAUCAUUUCAACCAUGUGAUUCUGGCUGUUGUUGGUUACAAGCCUAGAGACUUUGCUGCACAGAUUAAUCUGAACACUUCCAACAUGUGGGGUAUUGUGAAGAGCAUUGUCGACUUGUGUAUGAAGCUGAACGAGGGCAAGUACGUGUUGGUGAAAGAUCCUUCUAAACCUCAAGUGAGAAUCUAUGAGGUUCCUGUUGAUGCUUUCGAGAAUGAUUAUGUGGAGGAGCCGUUGCCUGAGGAUGAGCAGGCGCAGCCACCGGCUGAGGGUGUGGAGAAUGGCGAGGCAAAUGGUAUUGCGAAUGAUGUGGAAGAUAAAGCAGUUGAAGCUGCUCUAGCUUGAGUUAGAUGUGGAUGGCUCGAUGUUACCUGUGAACUGAACACCGAUGAUCCAGUUCCUGCAAAGCUUGUCGACUGACAAUCGAAGAGCAAUCUUCUCAUGCACCUCUUUUUAUAUAUUUUGGCUUUUAGUUUAAACGGUUGUAAGUUUUUUUGGUAUCUGUUGAGUUUAUUGGGCACUUGUGUUUCUGCUUGCACAUUCAUGUCCCAAUUUUGCUAGAAUGAUUACUGUUUUAGUGUACUCGACGGAAAAUACAAACAUAUUUGGAAUUUGAGUAACAAGGUAGUUUUCUUUUAUUUUUUUUAUUUUAGGCAGUGGCUGGCUCUUGUGUAUUGGGCCUAUGGGCCUCUUGUUACCUACAUG